CUUUGUUUCUCUUCCAAUCUUCUCGCAACAAAAAUUUCUUCUUGACAUUAAAUUCAGUCUGCCCAAGAAGAUACAAGAACUACAUUUCACCAGGGGCUUGCACAAGCAGUAAACAGCACGCCGGCAGUUUUAUUAUUGCUUUGCCACGCUACCACCUACCCGUCUACCUACCUAUCUACACCAGCCCCAUUCCGUCCCCCAGUCAGAAAAGAAAAUGGCGGAGCCAACCCAGAAGCAAGAGCAUGUCUAUCACCGACACUCGUCGAGCAUUGCACCCACAGUCUCUCGUGACAAGAAACAGAAGACCGCCGGCCGCGAGGUCCGAAUCAAUAACUGGCUACAAGAUGAAGGCCUUGCACGCCUAAACUACAUCAGCCUUGCUGGUGUGAAAGAUGAGAAGCCGGAGAAAGGCUCAUCAGCUCAACUCUGAGUCUCUGGAAUGUAUUUGGAUUGGAUAAUUGGCUGUAUUGAUAAACGUUGUGAAGACUAUGUAUUCUUGGGAAAUGUAACGAUGAGCAAUAGGUUUGGAAGGCAAAACAAAAAGGAUCAAGAAAAAUAUGGAGAAACGGACAAUGAGCUAGAUUUACAAUUAG